AUGGUCCAUGAGAAGGUCCAUCAGGAAUGUGUUGAUGAGAGGGCCACCAACAUCGCUAAUAAGUUCAGUGGUUGCUUUUCUCUGCAGUCAAGCCAUGAAGAUUACAAACGCAGGCCGAGCAAAGGAACAGAAAGACGCCUGCAAGUGACCUACCAAGAAAAGAGCCAAGGGGCCACUGCCCUUUCACAUAAAGUGCAGAGAAGCCCAGAUAAGAACUGCAGUCUGGGGCCAAACGGAGCUGACUUUGAGCCUGAACCAGAGCCGGCCAACCUGCUCUGGGUAGAUGAGUUAAACUUAUUUUUAUGGUUUGCUCAAGAGGUGACCAUCACAGUUGGUGCUGAAACCUGGCCAGAGCUUCCAAAUAUUGCCACCAACAAUACCACCAAACUCAGCACCAAAAAGACCUCGGAGGUUAUGGAUGCAGCUCUCUAUGAAGGCAUUGCCAUCAAUAAAAACGGUACAACAGAGAGCGAAAGCUCUGGUGCACAUGCUGAACUAGAACAAAAUUCUCCAACUGAGUCAGAAUGCACUGCUGGCUAUGAUUUACAGGAAGAAGCCAGUGUUGGUGCUGAGCUUACCUCGGCUCAAGGCUAA